AUGACUGAUAGACUUACUCAGUUGCAAAUAUGUUUGGACCAAAUGAUGGAGCAAUUCUGUGCAACUUUGAAUUAUAUCGACAAGAAUCAUGAUUUUGAACCAGGUAAUCCAUUGGAGGCGAAGAUGAGUGAUAAGCAUGCUACAGUGAGCAAUCCAGAAGAGUUCUCAAACACUAUCGAUGAGUUAUCCACUGAUAUCAUACUGAAAACGCGACAAGUUAUUAAGUUGAUUGAUUCUUUACCUGGUGUCGAUGUCUCUACGGAAGAACAAAUGCAUAGAAUUGAUUCCUUACAAAAGAGUCUGGUGGAUACAGAGACUAAAAAAAUCGAAGCUAUAAAAGAGAAGGAGAAACUGUCGAAGGAUGUUGAUGAUUUGAUAACUUUGUUUGUAUCAGGAAUUGCAGAUUCAAGACGAACUGUAAAUUCCACAACUGAUAGUGUUAUCACUAAUAAAUUAGAAGGGAAUAACGUCACGAAUUUAGAUAUACCGUCUAAGGAUCUUUGA